AAGUUUUUUUUAGUUUUAAUGGAAAUAUUAGCUAAACCGAAAAACGGGGUUCCUAUGGGGAAACUACAUUACUAUUUUGUUUUUAUAACAUUGCGUUAUUAAAGCUUUGUUUUAGAAAUAAAGGUCUUUUAACUUGGGUGGUUUUGAAGUUUGACUAGAUAAAUUCUGCCAAGCAACCGUGAAUUUACAUGUGUCACUGUCCCAAACAUACAUAUCAACUUCAUAAAAAAGCAAAUAAUAUUCAAAGCAAUAUGAUUUUUAUUGUUUUUUGUAUAUACUUUUAUAUGUUCAUAAUUCCCACCACCCCUCUUUGCACGCCACUCAUCAAAUAAGCUUUAUCGCCACAAACAUUUCUUCGCACAUUUUCCCGGUCAAUCGAGCUGUGAAUCGCGUCAUCUGCCAAUUAAUAGGGUUGCACUUCAUAUUCUUUACCUGUUUCUAUUAUCUAUUUUGUGUUGACAUGAAUUUACGAGGUGUGCAGUAAUACUCGCUUAUAAUAAAGAAUAAUAUUGCGGCAAAACGUUUGUGGUAAAGUGAUUAAUGGAAAGUGAAGAAUUCAAUAAAUUAGAAAGAUAUAUGUAUGUAUCAUGCAUAGAUCUACAUACACGUACAUAAGUAUAUACUCGUAUGUGCUUGUAUGUAUCUGAUGACACAUAACACAAAUGAAGGGAAAAAUAUCACAAACUUUUGACAAUUAAUAAACGAGAAAUUCAAUUUUAAAAAAUAUAUUUCAAACUAAAGAGUAAAAAUUUUAUUGACCAUAAAUGCGACAUAAAUAAACAAUAAAUAACAGAAUAAACAAAAACAUGCCAACAUGGAACUGAUAAGAAAGUAUAAACAAGGAAACCUCACCACAGCCGACGUGCGCACUUUAAAUAGUAUGUAUUAUAUGCCGUUAUAUGCCUUAUGGUAAUUCUCGCAUUGACCUCUAUUAUUUGGAGCAUUACGAUACAUAUAUUAUCUGGUGAUUUUUAUCAUGGCAUUCUCGGCGCUAAAUUGGCAUUCCGUGAACGAGAUUUUCGACAAAUGGAUGACCAUUCCAAAGAGAUUUUCUACCAUGACUUGGACAAAUUACUAAAUGAAACAUACACCGAAAUCGAUGUGGACGAUCAGGUUGAAGAUGACAAAACCACCCUGACGCCUUUGGAAUCUAAUGCAACCACCAAGCAGCACAAGGUGAGCAAGCCCUACCACAUUUUUCAAUUGGUACGACCCGACAAGGACGAAAAUAAAUCCGAAGAGGACGUGGUGUCGGGGGAGGUCAGCACUACAGCGCUGCCAGUUGUGAAAUUCAAUAUGACGCAUGAUCGCCAGUUUUUGACUACAAUGAUGCUAGAUGUACACAAAACACGCUGGCGCCAAAGCGCCGCCGUUCAAUUCAUUUAUAGUUUUCCAUUUUUGUCGGAAAUCUUUGCGAUAAUAUGGACUGCAAUGUGUUUAAUAUUUCAAUCGGGCGUGCAGAAAUAUUGGGGACUUCCAAAACCGUGGCGUAUUGUCAUACCUUCUAUACUGGUAUUCUCGCUCAUGACACUGGGCACGCUGGGCUAUACAAUUUUGGCCAGCACCUAUUUAAAAAAUCUCUGCAAUGGAUUACGUGAAAACCUAACAAAGCCCGAUGCGAUCACCUGCGGACAAGCCAUCUCCGUGCUGCGUCCUUUCAUUCGACAACACGAGUUCAAACACGAUGUCUACUUGAACCUCUUCCGCUUCGCCUAUAUGUUCGCUUUGGUCUUGUGGCUGCUGGCGCUGCUACUAAUGUUGCUGCGCUACUUCUUUGCCAUCGAUUUCCAACUGUUGGAUGUACAAUCCUUGUAUGAUAACAAAUUGGCGCGUCGCUUAAGCCGUCCAGAACCGGAGUUUACAGAGGUGCUCUUGGACAAGGCGCAUUCACCAACACUGCUACUGCCACGCCACGAACGCAACAAGUCGGAGGAUGAUUUUCAAAGUGCAAAGUCGAAUUUGAGUGAAGUAGCGAUGCCGUUAAUCGAUACUGGCAAGCCUCGAUCAGUGCUGGUGCAGUAUGUGCCAACGCAGCAACGCGUGGUUUAGUAUAGACAGCAUCUGAUCUGAUCUGACACUGUUAAGUAGAGGCUUAACCAAAUCUAUGUAUGUACAGGUGACAAGGUGGGAGGCGCGUAUAAUUUUGUGAACAAGCGCUUGAGAACAAGUUUACCUCAGGAAUCUCAUUUGAUCGAAAACUGCACAAUUUCUUUUUCCAUGUUUUCGCAGCCGCUAUUUAAUAUUUAUGUGUAUGUACGUAUGCAUCACCAAUAUUCGCCUAAGCCAACUUCGGCUCUAAUGUGCAGUUUAAUGAUAUUAUUUUACUAAAUAAAUACAGAUUUAUAAUUGAGGCAACCGUCAAGGCCAA